AUGACGACUCGCCGACAACGACACAUCACCAUUGAUCCACAAUGUAGCAGUAUACUACACCCAGCUCCAGCACCACCGUCAUCAUCUUCUUUAGAUCCAGAGCCAGUCCGCAUCCUCACGUUGCGCUUGGUUGAGAGACUCCAAAGCGAAUGUUCUGCUUCGUUUGAGAAGCGCUGCAAGCGGGACACCUCUUUGAUCCAAGGAUUUCGGAAAAACAAGGGACUGGUGGCGGUGGCGAAGACCGACAAGCCUGGCGCCUCAGGUGAAGACGCUUCGAACAAGAUCCGGCCGCAUUGUUUCGGCUUAAGAUUAAUCAUAAUAUUGGUUUACAUUUUACAUUUUGAAUGUUCCCAAGCUGAGGAAGAAUUACAAGAAUAUGCUCCAAAAUAUGAUCAUCCAGGCUAUGCAUUCAGCUAUGGCGUAAAAGACUUGCACACUGGUGAUGUUAAGUCACAAUGGGAGUCACGGGAAGGUGAUACGAUCAAGGGUCACUAUAGUGUUCUCGAGCCUGAUGGAUCAAUUCGAACGGUUGACUAUACAGCCGAUUCUAAGAAUGGAUUCAAUGCCGUCGUUAAGACAGUUGGAGCAAAUUCUCAUCCCAUCACUGAUUCCCCUCAUUCGGAAUUGGGAAAUAACGACGACUCAUCACAGUCUAAGAUCAAUCAUUACAGUAAAGAUCAAGAACACAUAGUCUUGAGUUCUGAUUUGAGCCCAGGUAAAAAGCCCUUAGAAGAUCUAACACACUCCCAUCCCAAAGUGCCUAGUUUGAUUGAAUUACGUCCUCAAGCACGAAUAAAACAGAUACCAAUGGAAAUGGUUAUGCAAGGAAUGAAUGACAACCCGAAGAGCCCCAGGGAGGAAUAUCAUACGAAUAUGGAAAGUGAAUAUGGAUUCCAACCCAAGGCAGUGCCAUAUGAUAUUGAUGAGACCGAAUGGAAGGCAAUUGCAACUGCCGAUUCAAUACCACAUCAAUACUACCAAAAGCAGACUUAUCUCAAUGACAAUCUCCAAAUCGAAGAACAACUCCCACAUCUGCAGAAACCAAAGAAACGCCCUGAACUACUUCAUCCCAAUAAGAAACCUCAAACCGAGGUUCUUCAUACGAACUUUAUAUCUUCGAAGCCAGUAGCUCUGCGAAAUCACCACGCAGAGUAUCUCAAAAAUAAUUAUAAUAAUGGUGGAGGAGGAGGUGGUGGUGGUGUUUUAAAGAAAGGAGUCUACACAACACCCGGACUGAAAAACUACUCGACAUUCCCCAAACAAUAUAACAGUAAACAACAUCAUAGACCUCAAAAUGAUUAUGCCAAUUAUUUCCAACGCAAGCCGAAAAAUUUCCGAAAUCGAAAACCUUCAUCCGAAGUUGAAGGCCCCGUAGUUUUUCCGUCACCGUCGAGUGAAGACGAACAAACGGCCGCAUCAGCUCGAUUGGUGCAGUCAAUGAUCAAGAAGGACAAUAAGAAGUAUAUGGCGCCGAUGUACGCUAGACAUAACACCGAUGCAUUUAAGCGAGGAUUAUUCCUUUAAGACUUCUUUUUUUCAAUUUCCGACUUUCUUCCAUUUUUUUGUACAAUGUCGAGGGAAUUUCUGUACUAUUGCAUCUUUUUAUUUAUUUUUAUUUUAUAAGUUGUUUGAUUAAUUUUAUUAAAUUAUAGAUUGGA